UUCGACCAUCAGAAGAUAACAUAUGCAUCAGUUACGUGAUAAAAAUUAUCUCAUCAUUCGUAGAAACUUGGUAGAGAGGAAAAGGAAUGAAAACAAGCCAUUUAUUCUGCCUCAAAUUGAGGAUGGAUCAAGGCUUUCAAAGUAUCUUGCUGAACAAAUAUCAUGGAUGGGUUUUUUUCAAUCAACAUUAAUAGAAUUGGAUUGAUUUGAGUGUUGAAUAACUAAAGGUCAUUUAGGAUAAUUGUAAUUACCUAAUGUAAUUUUGCACACUGACCGCCAAGUAUCAAAUAAAAAAUGAACACACAAUGUCUAAUUAAAAACGUCGAUUUCGCGAUACCAAUUGAUUAUCAAAAAGGCUUCUUAGCGCUUAAUCCGGUCGCAGCAAAGAAGAGUGAAAACUUGCUUCACACUGUGAUUUAAAUUGAAAGUGUAACAUUGUUGUUGAUAAUGAAACUUGUCCAAAUAGAAAAUUCUGAUAAAAAAACCUAAUUUUAAUGUACUUUUAUAUGAACAACACUUCUUGUUUUACCCAAUAAAAACACCAAUUAAGAAACGGAAUUUGUGUUUUUAAAUUUUAAUAGUUCAAACUGAAAGUUUACCAACCUAAAUUUUUUGAGACAAUUCAUUAGCAGUAAUUUGCUUUGCAAAUAUUUGUCGUGUUUAAUGCAGUCAAACUUGUUUUUGUGCGGUACCUUUAUAAAAAAAAAUUACAUUUGAUAAAGUUAUCGGUCAUCUAGGUUUUGCGUGGGCCAUAUUCCAUAUGGCCUAGUCAAAUCUACUCGACUUCUGUAACAGAGAUUCAUCGUAUUUCAUAAGUAUUACCCCGCCAACUGCUAUUUAAGUCAAUUUUCAAUAAAAAAGUUUACAUAAAAUAUUCACGCUCGUGAAUCACACAGGUUUACAGAACAUUUGUUACAAAUGUUGAGUUAUUUUCUACUCGAUGCCUAUUCACCGUACAAAAAGGUGGUUACCUGUACUAAUUAAUUAGGAUUUUCAGUCAACAUACAAUUCGGUUGUCUUGUAUAAUAGGUAUACCGCCAAAGAAGACGACAACUGGAUCAGCCGGCUUUACGUAUUUAUGCAGAUGUGUUUUCACUCGAGCAGAAAAUUGCAACAAUAAGGCGAAUUCAUGAACCAUUUGGAAAGUUUAUUACUUUAGGUACAAAAAUUGCAUUUUCUGAUUCAAAUAAAUUCAUAGUAAUUUUAACAUAGCAGAAAGUUGUAGGAUUAGAACAAAAUAUCACAGUGUUAUCAUUUAGAUAAUUGUGCGUCAAAAGAAACAUUUCAGAUACCUAUAACGACGGUUACUGCGAUUGAAAAUUCCCUGAUCUACCAGAAAACGUCAAAAUGGGCUGCGUGCACUGUCCGCCAUUACCGCUCGUGGGAAGCUGGGUAGUAAAAUACUGGGCUAUCGUCAAGUGGAACCUUAAAAAGACACGAAAGACAGCUGUCAACGAGAUGCAGUGCAAGGCUAACUGGCGUUUUGUGGCAAACAAAGUGACCAAAAAAGCUGCACAAAACUUGAUGGAAGGAGUCCAAAGAGAGGUCCGGCAAUUCGCAUUCGCCAAAAAGGAAGCUUGAGUCAUUAUUUUUCCUUUGUUCUGUACCAAUUGAAUUUGACGAAGAAACAUGAUUUAAUUUUUAAUAAAAAAGACCGAUUCACACACAUUUCUGUUUGACAAAUUUUUGACCGUAACACCCUGUUGCGACUAACAAGUCUAGUGUAGUGGCAGUGAGAGUGUCGUCAAAAGUCAAGCCAAAUGAAUAAUAAUAUCACUAAUUAUGUGUUAUUUUUCAACAUUCAUUCGCAUGCAAGUUAUGAGCAUCGUAACUUGCAUACAAUUUUUAUUUGGGAUAUUUUUCCUUUAUUCUCUUUGUUAUUCAUUUAUUUUUAAAACUUGAAUAUAAACGACAGGAUGCAGCCAACUGACUAUUCGACAUACAAAAGUUAUGAAGAAGUUUAAAAUAUGUAGUAACUUCCUGGGACGGUCUUUAUCACACAUGUUUAACUUGUGGCCCAUUCAGAUAGUUUCAGUCACAAUCAGUUACUGUGAACCGUGUCACCCAUCGAAGUUGGCUUCAAAUCAGCAGCAGAUCCUCAAGUUAUGGCUCCAGUGGAAAAAAUUCUACUGACGAUCAGGUCGGAUCCAAUACUAACUCUUUGCUAACCACCGCUUCCAUAAUCGGCGGUUCCCUUCUUACCUAUUGGAUUGUGAAGAACCUAAAAAAUGAACAGACAACCGUGCAUGCCAAGCAGACAGCAGCCAAAACAACGCUCGUGGACAUACGAAAGGCCCACACUGAACUGCGCCAAGAUUUGCCGGUAUAUUCGAUGGAAGAGAUAAGCAAACACGAUUCGCCGCAGGCUGGAAUUUGGGUUACGUACGGUAUCGGAGUGUACGACAUAACAAAGUUUGUGCCGAAGCAUCCCGGCAGCGAUAAGGUGAUGCUUGCUGCAGGUAACGCGAUCGACCCCUUCUGGCACAUAUACCAGCAGCACAACACCGAGCAGGUACUCAAGCUGCUAGAGUCCUUCCGCAUAGGAAAUUUGAAGCGCGAUGAAAUAGUUGGCACAUCGGAUCAAGAUGACCCAUGGGCUGCCGAGCCAAAGCGUCAUCCCAUUCUUAAGGCGGCCACCCAAAGACCUUGUAAUGCGGAACCUCCGGCGUCGGUGUUGGUGGAAAGUUUCCUAACACCGAAUGAAUUCUUCUACGUCAGAAAUCACCUCCCAGUACCGCAAGUUGAUAUCACUGACUACGAGCUUGAUAUUGAAGUCGAGCUGAACGGGAAACAGAGGACUUUGAAGUUCGAUGAUUUGAAAAAGUUUCCGAAGCAUUCCGUCACAGCAACGAUCAUGUGUGGAGGAAAUCGUCGUGGUGAAAUGAUAGAAAUCAAUCCUAUUAAAGGGUUGCCCUGGGGUUCGGCAGCCGUAGGCAACGCCAAAUGGAGUGGAGUUCGUCUAGCAGAUCUGCUAACUGAAAUGGGUGUUGAGCUAGAUGAAACAAGCCAUGUGCACUUCGAAGGUCUGGAUACCGAUCCUACCAAUACGCCGUAUGCAGCAUCCAUACCGCUGUCUAAAGCAUUGGAUCCACGAGGCGACGUGAUCUUAGCGUACGAGAUGAACGACCAACCAUUGAGUCGAGACCACGGCUACCCUGUUAGAGCCAUUGUACCCGGCGUUGUCGGGGCUCGUAAUGUCAAAUGGUUAGGUAGGAUUGUGGUUUCCAAAGGCGAAUCCGAUUCCCAUUGGCAGCAAAAUGACUACAAAUCGUUUAGUCCCAGCACCGACUGGGACACAGUUGACUUCAAGACGGCUCCGGCCAUACAAAACAUGCCCGUAACGUCUGCCAUCUGCAUGCCAGCCAACGGCGAGCAAGUCAGUGCGAAAGACGGUUAUGUAACCGUCAAGGGAUACGCUUGGUCUGGCGGUGGACAAAAAAUCAUUCGCGUUGAUCUAACAACCGAUGGCGGUAACAGUUGGUUUGUGGCUGAAUUGGACCAGGUCGAACAGGACACCGGUCGCGGUCGGCACUGGUCCUGGUCGCUGUGGACAGCCAAAAUUCCUGCCAAGCCGGGUCAAAAAAUGGAAAUAUGGGCUAAGGCUGUCGACGACAACUACAAUGCACAGCCGGAAACGUUCAAAAACAUCUGGAACCUGCGGGGGGUUGUCAGUAACGCCUACAGUCGCGUUAAGGUUGAUGUUAAGUAAACUUAUAUACACAAGAGUGGCAAUGGUUGAAUUUUGAAAAAUGUGCUGAAUAUGUUGAGUCCUCUGCCUAUUUUUUACAUCUUUUUAAUCUUUUGAUUAGAAAUUCCGAUUGACCUCAAUUUGCUCAAAUCGACCGCUCUGCGUGUUUUGUGUUAUCUUUGAAUUUCCGGUUAUGAAAAGGAUUAAGAAAACCAACGAGGAUUGGAAUCAAAUAUUUUCAGCCAACUUUUGAAGAAAUUGGUGGACUGUUACCAACCUUAAGCGGAUUAAUAAAUGUUUUGCUUUUUGUAAACAGUGUCA